AUGCUGGUGGUCCUGCUCACAGCGGCCUUGUUGGCUCUGAGCUCAGUUCAGAGAGCAAAUGCAGAGGAAGAGCAAAAAAGCCAGGUCAAUAGUCAACAGCCUCAGAAUGAUGACGAAAGUGAUGAACCUGAAGAUGGUGAGGAAGACAGUGGAGAAGAAAACCCACCAGAGAAACCACCACAUCAUCCUCGCCCUCCUAAACCUGGAAAACCACAUGGCCCACCCCAGGAGGGAGAUGAGGAGAAACCUCGCCCACCUAAACCUGAAAAGCCAGAAGGCCCACCCCAAGAGGGAGGUGAGGAGAAACCUCGCCCUCCUAAACCAGAAAAACCAGAAAAACCAGAAGCCCCACCUGAGGAGCCUGAGGAGGGUGGUGAUGAAUAG